ACAGCUGUCGACCAAUGAGUGAGCGACAGAUAUCAUUCUGCUUCAGGAAAACAAUUGUUGGGGUAGGGUCUAUUCAAUUUGGUGCAAAAUCCUCGCAUUUUUCAGCGUCUUGCGUUAGAAAAUUGCAACCUAUCAUCUUUCAGUGAUUGCACUUCGACUCACAAGGUCUUUAUGCUUGGUGGAGCCUUCCUAUGGAAGCUUUGAGCUUGACCACCUGCCUUGUCAUACGGGCACCUAACCAGAAAAUUAGUGACCACCCCAUUGACUGUCCUUUGGACUGGUCAGUGUACCAGCUGAAGCUUCACUUGUCUAAAGUAUACCCCAGCAAGCCUAAGCCAGAAGAUCAAAGACUCAUUUAUUCUGGUCGCUUGCUCGAGAACCAAACAAUUCUGAAGGACAUUUUCCAACUGGAUACAAGCAGAACACACAUAUUGCAUCUUGUCUGCAAGUCUUCACGUGAACCCUCUGAAGGAUCAACAUCACAUCCACCAAUUCCUCUUGACGGUGGAAGUGGGUCUAGUUCAGCUGCUGCGAAUGAUCAACUUGCUGCCUUGCACUCUAGCUCAUCUGCUGCAACUGGAUCCUCAUCGACAAGCAUAGAUGGCAUACGGCACCGAGGGAGCAGUGCAUCACACAACAGCACAGCACAGGUAGCUCCAACUGGACCAGAACCUCAGCUUCCAUUCCAAUUUCCUGGACUUCUUCCUGGGGCUGCAAGUCCAGAGCAGGUGAUGCAGCAAAUGGUCAUGGCACAGCAACUGUAUGCCCAAUACUUCUCUCAGUAUAUGCAGCUUGUAAACCAAGGAACAGAUGGUGUGCAUAGUCAAGUCCCAACAACACCAACUGCAACAGUUGCUCCUCCUUCUGUGGCCCAGCAGCAAGCAAAUCAGGCUGCCCCACGAGCAGCUGCUGAGAACCGUGGACCACGUAUGAAUGCCCAAGGAGGUCCACUACUUGAUGAGGAUGAUGAUGAUGAAGUGCAUCGUGACUGGCUUGACUGGCUGUACACGGUCGGGCGGGCUACUGUUCUCCUGGGAAUUGUUUAUUUCUACUCUUCUUUUGGAAGGUUUCUUGUGGUCACUGGCAUUGCAAUGCUUGUUUACCUGUACCAGAAUGACUGGUUUGCAAGGCCACGACAACAGCGGGAUGCAGAACAGCACCGUGAAGGAGAAAAUGUUCAAGAGGCUGGUGAAAGACCUAACAGAGCACCACCCUUGCAUAGGCCCCAAAUGGAAGAACCCCAAGAAGAGGUUCCUAGGGUACCUGAAGGUCAAGCAGAGAGAGAAGCAGACAUGCAGCACCUAGAGGCCAUGAUGGAUGGAGAUCGUGAUGGUCCAGUGGUUGCUGUGGAACGCCACUUACACCGUGUGACCAUGGCCUGGACCUUCGUGUCAUCGUUCUUCACGUCUCUCAUCCCUGAACGGCCGCCUCCUGUCAAUGUCAACUAGUGAUGCUUUUGACAAGUUUUGAUGAGUGGCACGGCAACAUUUAUAAAGCCCCUACAUGAGGAGAUGCAUUUGAGGAGGCUUCACUGUUGCAGAUUGGCGUAUGCCUCAUUGUUGUGCAGCUUUUCAGGAAAUUAUGGAGACAGCAGAAUUGGUAAAGCAGCGCACUUUCAUUUUUAUGUCUCCCACUGGUGAUUGUCCAUUAAAUGCAGAGUUGUACUUGCAAAAUCCACUGUUAUAUGUGUAGACUGGCAUUCACUGUCGGACCACAAUUGCCUACCUUCGGUGCUUAUCAUUUCUUGCGGGUUUGCACUACUUAGUUUCAAACAUCGACUACUGUAUUGGGUUUUACCUGAUUCUGCACUUUACUUUCACUCGGACUUGCACAAGGUAAUACACUUGGCUUCUGCAAACUUUCAAAUGUUCUGUGGCAUCUAAAACAGUGUUUGGAGCCAAUAUAGCAUUGAAGUGAAGGGCAUUUUUUGAACACUUGAAGAUUUUGUCCCGUUUAUUGCUGCCGAAGUUUAUAGUCACAAAGCCACAGUGUAGUUGAGGUUCAUUUAUGACAGUUACAUGUCUGAGUUAGUCUAGGAGAGUUUAGCCUGUCAUUGUGAUCACAAUGUUUCAUUUCUGUGGGCUUACUGUAGGUAUAGGUGUUGAUCACUGCCUGUACAGUUACCAGAUACAUAAGUGGGAGGGAACAUGGAACUGUGCAGAUGAGUAUGUUGCCCAUGAAGGUCUCCUGUGGAAACUGGCAUUAGAAAUGUCUGAAAACAUAUGUAAAGCUGUCACAGCUUGCAGUCACAUCUUGAAUGUGCAUGCAUUAAUAUAAAGGCAUUUUUGUUGUACUUGGUUGCAAAAGUAGUUUUUGUGAGGCUGGUAUGCAGUAAUAAUUUUAGUGAACCUCUUAUAUAAAUGGGCUUGACAGCACAAAAAAUGACUAAUUAUAGUUCAUUACAGGCUUUUGGCACGUGUGUGUGACAACUUUAUGUAAAUAGAAUGCAGCUAUCUGCUGGUCAUGACAAUUGACAAAAAUGACAUGUCAAACACUUAGUUGAAUCACAAAAGUUUGAGGUGGUUGUAUACUGCUAUUUCCACUUUUUGCACAUUUUGGGUAGAGUGGCCUUAAUUCUUCAUGCAUGCUGAUGCUCGAGAAAAUGAAAGAGGGCAGCAUCUGCAUUGCUGGUAAGGAAUACUUUUCCCCAUUCAUGGGCACAUUCAAGUACAUAAAUAAUAAAAAUAAUAAUAACCUCAAAUGCUGCCAAGACUGGAAACCACAUUGAGUUGUUUCACAAGUAGGGAGAGUUAGUGAUUGUAGCCUUUUAAACCUUUUCAUAAAAUUCCUGUGCAUGUUCAGUUUAUAGCGAGGUUCCUCGUUUCCUACACGGUUAUAUUAUUGUAGUUGGCUAGCGUUGUUCUGUGUGUUCAGCAUAAUACACAUAAAAUGUUUUCUUACUCGCUCUGCUUGUUUCUGUUUAAUUGGAGCGAAGGUGCCGUAUUACGCAGUGAAAUGUAUGUUGUGAUAUUUAAAUUUUUAAUGGUUCUGAAAUGGCAGCUCUUGGUUACUCCGUUGUGUCAUCAUUGGGUAUACCGUAAUGCUAGUGCUGACAUGUGUAAGCCUGCCUGACCAAGCCAGGUGUGGGCUGCUUGGUAUUGCAUUAGGUGUAUGCCUUCAUAUGAAUUCUUUUUUAAGCUCUUUUCUGAGCUCUUUCUGCGUUUUCUGAGUGUUUUCUGAGCUCUUGGAGGCAGAGCAAUACAUGUAUGUGGCAAAAUAAUUUGUCUCCAGAAUAAUUUGAAGGAAACCAUAUUCCAGUUAAAGAUGAGUGAUGGAUUUGCUUAUUUAUUCUUUUUUUCUACACAUUUGCAGAGAGCCUGAUUGCAGAGCCUAUUGCUGUGUGCAGGUUUUCGUGUGUUACACUCUUAGCAGUGUUCAGUCAUCAUAUGCAGACUGGUUUCCAUGUCUAAAUAAGAGACUUACCGCUUUGCACCAGAUAACUUCAUGGUGCAUCUGCAGCAUACUAUCAUUGCCUACAAAAGAGCACUGGCUCUGCUUGUAGGAGGCUACAGGGAGGCAGUGGAAAUGGGCUUUCUGUUCACAAAACUAAUUUUUGUUCAGUGGGUUAUUUAUGGUUGGAAGAUUUUUACUAUGUGAAUUAAAAGAAUGAAUUUUUCCCUUAGGCACUAGGAGUGCUAGCUAGAAGCCAGGCCUAUUUUUCACUGGUUAAAUAAUUAAGUGGCCCUUCAUCUGCAUGAACAUAUUUUUAAAAAAUUAGUCCUUUUUUUACCCUGUCAAUGCACCACAUUUGUAGUGCUGUCCAGCAUCACUGGGGCUUCACUGUACCGUAACUUUGCAUUGUUCCAAAGAAUGUAGUAAUGUUGCAUGAGUUACAGCUUUGAAAUCCUUAUGGUCUUUUAGAUAUUUCGUGUAUGAAUGCUAUGUUCUUUAUACCAAAUACGUCUGGCAAGUUUGUUAUAUUGGAACUGUACUAAUGGCAGUGCAGCUACACCCUUGCCCCGUUUUGUUUGCUGCAAGUGCUUUAUUUUCCCACGAUACAUACAUUCAGAGAGGUUGUAUGCUUUCUAGUCUUCAAGGUAUUUUGUUGUAGUGUACAAUGAUACUCAACACCUACCGAUGAAUGUAUGGGUGACAUUCUUUUAUUUUUUUCUUCCACUAGGCAUUGGUCCUAUAGAACAUCGCUCUUUGUGCAAUAGGACAGUCUCAGUAUGUGGCAGGUUGCAGUGUCAGUGAUAAGUACAUAAUUUUAUAGACGUGCUGGCCACAUAAGUCUGUCAAAUAUUUCUUUUGUACAUAUUGCUAGUCCAUUUUUGCCUUUCAGUAAUAAAGGGAAUAUGAAUUUGAUACUAAA